UACUAGUGUAUUGAAGAGACAACUAUAGCCAAAUAAUCAAAAUUUGAACUAUUCAGUCAAAAUGCACGGUGUUGAGGUAAGCACGAAUGUGGGCACAGUAAAUUUCUGUAAUUUAGUGGAAAGUAUUGCACACAUUUAAUGUUUGUACUCUAUUCUUUUAUUCGCUCAUUUUUGUCUCUCGAUUUUACAAAUUCAUUUCGAUUAAUAGGCAACUUAAAAUGACCACAAAAUUAAGGAAUAACUUAAUUAAUUUAAGACAAGCAAGAAACUUUCUUUGAUCUACAACUGUAGGUAUAGUUGAAGGGAUUCAUGAUGGUCGUCGAUGUGGUCUUCUUCUUUAUGUGCUUGUUUAUUCCAAAAAUCCUCUGUCAAUCUCAUUGCGUUGGCACCUGCUAUUCUGGUAGACUUUUCCCAGAGCCUCAAGACAUCUUCCAUGGAAAACAUCUCAAGGGAUACUCUUACAACAACAUCACCACUAAUGAUCCAGUCAAGUGCUACUCAUCUUGUGUCCAAGAUUGUCGUUGUAAGGCGUGUCAGAUGAAAGAUGCAAGAUGUGAGUUGCUGGAUGAGGACAAGACUUCCAAGGUUAAUAACUUUGUAGAUGAACCAGGAUACGUGUACUUUGAUCUCAAGCAGACAAUGUACAAUGCUUCUUCGUACUUGAUGCCACCAGGUGUUCAGUGCUAUAAUGGCUGUUGUCGAUCUCAGCCUUGUUUGAAUGGAGGAACAUGCAUAGARCACUGCGAUUCACCAAAGGAAAAGUUCACUUGCAGCUGUAAUUAUAAAUUYCAUGGCAAAACUCGAAGAUUAUUAAAAUCUUCUGUGAAUUCUUAA